CGCUCUAAAUCACACAUUCCCUCACAAAACCACAUACCGUUAAGACCUCAGUCAAACACAUUAAUAAUCUACAAUGGGUUUGAGUUCAACUUUUGUGAGUGCCGUGUUGGUUGUGGCACUGGUGGCACCCUUGACCCCACGAUGCUACGGGUUUGGGUUAAAGGACCUCUUUUUACCCGCCAUCACGGACCAAGUUAAAGAUUUAUGGAGAAACGGAGACGUUGAUCUGGUCGACCACUCGUGCUCAUACAGUGUCAAGCCGGAUAUACAGGGUAUCGAGCUCUAUUUCAUCGGAUCGGUCACGUGCCCGGGCUGGACGACCAUCAGGGGAGAGUCCAACAGUACAUUAGCAUUAACCUCUUGCUCUGUUCUCCUUUGCUGCCACACCCGCAGCAAAUCCGGGUUUUUGAACUGCGCAAUCAAAGACUUUAUUCAGAAAGCUCUUAAAGCAGGACUGGUCACCGAAGAGGAAAAGCAAAACCAAUCUCGUAUAAUGUGA